AUGGCAGCCCCGUCCCGGACAGCUGCCGUCCGCCUCAGCCGGCUACGGCCGUGGCGGCCACAGCUAUUCCCAUCGCCAUUGAGUCCGAGCGCGCUCGCCGCCCGCCCGUCGAUCUAUGCGCCCGCCGCGUCGCCGUGCCCCCGAUGGCACUCAAACUUCUCGUCCGUGAACCCGGAGGAAGUCUCCCACUUCAACGCCCUCGCCAGCGAGUGGUGGGACCCUCACGGCUCCUCGCGGCUGCUGCACCUCAUGAACCCUCUACGUCACGACUUCAUCCGGGCGUGUCGCACCUCCGCGGCGGAGUAUACCCCCGACCACGACGCCGAGCUUUCAUACCUAGACAUUGGCUGUGGCGGGGGGAUCUUUGCGGAAAGCGCCGCUCGCAUGCCCAUGACUCGGCGCGUCACCGCCAUUGAUCCCACGCCGUCCGUCCUGGCCGUCGCCAAGGCCCACGCCCGCAAGGACCCGUCUCUGAGCAGCAAGCUCACGUACACGCAGACCUCCAUCGAGGAGCUGCCCGUGCCGGCAUCCGACGCGGAGCGCUACGACGUAGUCAGCCUCUUCGAAGUCAUCGAGCACGUGGACGAGCCCGCCGCCUUCCUGGAGCGGGUGCGUCCGUUCGUCAAGCCCGGCGGGUGGCUCGUCAUGAGCACCAUCGCGCGCACGUGGAUGAGCUGGUUCACGACGAAUCUCGUCGCCGAGGACAUCCUGGGGAUCGUGCCCAAGGGGACGCACGACUGGAACAAGUACAUCAACGAGGAGGAGCUGCGGCGGUACUUCCUCGACAAGGGGUGGGAGAGCCCGCGCGUCAUGGGCGUCGUGUACGUGCCGGGGCUGGGGUGGAAGGAGGUGCGCGGCAGCGAAAAGGUCGGCAACUACUUCUUUGGCGUGCGGAGGGCUGUCGACUCUGAUGCUUCAUGA